GCCGCCUCCUGCCCCUGUACAACUGCUGCCUCCGGUGCCCACCCCGGCCGCUUCCUCCCCUCGGCGUUUUCAAAAAUCAAACUGAAACGGCGAAACCCCCAUCCUCCAUCGGAGAGAGAGAGAGAGAGAGAGGAUGGCCUGAGCAGCGGUUGCGGUUUCCCUCUCCGUCGCUCUCGCCGCCCGCCGCCGCCGGUGUGUCCGGAGCGGAAGGUACGGGCCGACGGCAAGCUCCUCUGCUCCGGCCCCGUUCACCCCCAACCGGCGGCCCCCCUUUGUCAGGUCGCCAAUCCACUUCGCCCUCCCACCCUUUUGCCCCCCGAUCAAUCUCCUUUCUCGCUAAGCAAACCCUCUACUUAACCCCCCCGCCCGGCGCCGGGAGAAAGCUCCCCGCUUUUCGUCCAGGCAUCCUUCCGCCACUUCGCUUUGCUGCUUGUUACUCCUGCGCUGCUACCCGUUCAGCAGGAGUCAAGAUUCCUUCUUUGCCCGCCCUCGUUGGUAGUGGCGGCGGCGGCGGUUGGUAAUUGCGGCGGCAGUGGAGGCUCGGUUUGCGGGAAGUGAGGGAUCCGAGAUUCUUUCCCGUUCUUUGCGAUUCUCUUUCCCGUGCAACAGCUGAAGCGGAGGUGGCGGCGGGGGAGAGCAGCCGCCGGUGCCCGGCCUUGGAGGGGCCUGCCCUGGCGCCACACCCCGGCCCGGAACCGAAGUGUGCAGCAAGGCGCUGCUUGACUGCACCUCUGACGCUACUGGAUCCUGCUGUGGCAGUCUGCUGCUUGGUUCUUGCUCCUCGCUCCUCGCUGAGGGAUUGUGGGACUGCAAUGAUGGUGCCGCGGAUGUUGCUGCUUCUCUGCUUCUUCCUCCUGGCGUUCCCGUCACCUGGUCUGCUAGCGGUUGAAGCUUUUGUCGGUGGUUACGGGAUAAACUACGGGAGAAUAGCAAACAACAUCCCUUCCCCGGAUAAAGUGGUGGAGCUCCUGAGGAAGUCAAAGAUAAGGAAUGUCAAGAUAUAUGACUCGGAUCACAGCGUUCUCGAUGCUUUCAAAGGGUCCGGGCUCAACCUGGUCAUUGCAAUCCCCAAUGAGCUCGUUAAGGAUAUGGCUGCAAAUGAGAGCAGGUCGAUGGACUGGCUGAAUCAGAAUGUGAAGCCUUAUCUCCCUCAGACGCGCAUUGUUGGGAUCACUGUGGGAAACGAGGUUCUGGGAGGCCAAGAUCAGAGCUUGUACCAGCCGCUUGUUGAUGCUUUGAAGAAUGUGUAUAAUGGACUUAAGAAGCUCCACUUGGAGAAAGAAAUUGAGCUUUUCACACCUCACUCAGAAGCUGUUUUUGCUACUACUUAUCCACCCUCUGCAUGUGUCUUCAAGGAAGAACUCAUGCCAUACAUGAAACCUCUCCUGGACUUCUUUGCAAUGAUUCACUCGCCUUUCUAUGUCAACGCUUACCCCUUUUUGGCUUACAUAAGUGAUCCAGAACAUAUUGAUAUCAAUUAUGCUCUCUUUAAACCCAAUAAUGGAAUUGUUGAUCCGAAUACCAGCCUGCACUAUGACAACAUGUUUGAUGCUCAGAUAGAUGCAGCUUAUGCUGCUCUACAUGCCGCAGGCUAUGAUGACAUGGAGGUUCGGGUGGCCGAGACUGGCUGGGCAUCUAGUGGAGAUCAAAAUGAAGCAGGAGCUUCAUCUGAGAAUGCAAGGACAUAUAAUUUCAAUCUCCGUAAAAGGCUUUUCCUUAGGAAGGGAACUCCUCUGAAACCAAAAAGACCAGUGAAAGCUUAUAUAUUUGCUUUGUUUAAUGAGAAUCAGAAGUUUGGACCUGGCUCCGAGAGGCACUAUGGACUGUUCCUUCCAGAUGGAAGGAUUUCAUAUGACAUUGGCAUCUCGGGUUUACUGCCUUCAUCGGCAUCCUCAUCCAUGCUGUCCAUGAAGAAAAUUCGAGCUGGGGGUUGGAUUUUACACUAUUUGGCUACAGUUCUUUUAUAUAUUUUCAUUUUUUGGCCAUAGUGACUUGAGGAAGGCAUAGCAAAUCUGUAGUAAAGAUCCACCAGGUGAGCAUCAGUUACUGCUGAAGGAUGAAGCAAUCAUAUCUUAGAAAUAUGCCCAUCAACCUGGGUUUUUUUUAACAAGGUCUAGUGCUGUAGUGGUCACUCCUUUCAUUUCCCCCAGUGUCCUUUUCGCAUUCCUCUUUUGAUCUUUGCAUAAAGAAGAAUAUAUAUCAAGAUAAAAAAAGUAAAGGGAAACUUUUGGCAUAUCC